AUGUUAUCUUUCUCCCUGUUCCUCUAUGUUGGCUCCGUUGCCGCCGAAAGUGGCAUCGAUGCCUGGCUCCGGUAUGCCCCAUUGCAUUCGGCAAACUCCAUACCUUCUCUACCUUCCAGAAUUGUGUCACUCAACACGUCGGUGAACGACCCCGUGCAUAUUGCUGGCGUUGAACUCCAAAAAGGUAUCUCCGGAAUUCUCGGUCAGAAUCUGAGCAUUACCAGUCACGAAGCCGACAGUGAUUCAUCCAUCGUCGUCGGCACCCUCAUUGAAUACUCCAACGCCUAUGGACACUCUGCAAAAACUCCGUCUCUCGAAGCCGACGGUUUCUGGCUCAACACUACCGGCCCUACCGUGCAGAUCCUUGGACAAAAUGAACGAGGCGCACUCUAUGGUGCUUUCGAGUAUCUGUCGAUGCUAGCCCAGGGAAACUUUUCCAAAGUCGCAUACGCUUCGAACCCAAGUGCACCGGUCCGAUGGGUCAAUCAGUGGGACAAUCUCGAUGGUUCCAUUGAACGAGGUUAUGGCGGACCUUCGAUCUUCUUUGAAAAUGGCCUCGUUGUUGACAAUCUCGACCGAGCUUCGGAAUAUGCUCGCCUGUUGGCAUCCAUCCGGAUUAACGCGGUCGUUGUAAACAAUGUUAACGCAAAUGCAUCGCUUUUGAGCCCUGCAAACUUAGAGGGACUCGGGAGGCUGGCCGAUGCAAUGCGACCAUAUGGUGUUCAAGUCGGCAUUUCGUUGAAUUUCGCCUCGCCAGCAGCGAACUUGACCUAUGGCAACCUAACCACGUUCGACCCCCUGGAUAAGGGCGUCAUCUCAUGGUGGAGUAAUGUUACAGAUGCCAUUUACCGCAGAGUUCCUGACAUGGCCGGAUAUCUGGUGAAAGCAGACUCCGAAGGUCAACCAGGUCCCCUGACGUACAACCGUACACUCGCUCAGGGCGCCAAUCUAUUCGCAAAUGCCCUCAAACCUCAUGGAGGCAUCCUGAUGUUCAGGGCAUUUGUGUACAACGAUCAGAUCAAUGAGAGCGACUGGAAAGCCGACCGGGCAAAUGCAGCUGUUGAUUUCUUCAAAGGGCUCGACGGGGAGUUUGCCGACAAUGUUAUUGUCCAGAUCAAAUAUGGACCGAUCGAUUUUCAGGUCCGUGAGCCGACCUCCCCUCUUUUCGCACAUCUACAAAACACAAGCACCGCCAUUGAACUGGAAGUGACACAAGAAUAUCUCGGUCAACAAUGCCAUCUCGUCUAUCUGCCACCCUUGUGGAAGACGGUACUCGAUUUCGACCUGAGGGUUGAUCAUAAGCCAUCGCUUGUCCGGGAUAUUAUCACCGGCAAACGUUUCAAUCGUCCUCUUGGUGGUUCUGCGGCUGUCGUGAAUGUUGGCACGAACCAGACAUGGUUAGGCAGCCACCUCUCCAUGUCCAACCUCUACGCGUACGGUCGGCUGGCGUGGAACCCGGCUGAUGAUCCAGAAGCCAUGCUCCAAGACUGGAUUCGAUUGACCUUUGGACCAGACCCGACCGUCAUGAAAACAAUCACAAGUCUGUCCAUGGCAUCAUGGCCCACCUACGAGAACUACAGUGGGAAUCUUGGUAUUCAGACGUUGACGGACAUCUUGUAUACUCACUUUGGACCGAACCCUCAGUCACAGGAUAACAAUGGUUGGGGUCAAUGGACUCGUGCUGACCACAAGACCAUUGGCAUGGACCGGACUGUGAGCAACGGGACCGGCUACUCUGGUCAAUACCCUGCCGAGGUCGCCGCCAUGUACGAAAACAUCAGCACGACCCCGGACAAUUUGGUCCUGUGGUUUCACCAUGUCAACUACACCCAUAAGCUGCACUCUGGCAAGACGGUCAUCCAACACUUUUACGAUGCACAUUACGAAGGGGCCGACGUCGCCCAGACUUUCGUCACACAGUGGGAAGGGUUGCAGGGGAAGAUUGACGAGGAGCGGUACAACGAGACACUCUUCCGGUUGACUUUCCAGGCUGGCCAUUCGAUCGUGUGGCGCGAUGCCAUUGCCAAUUUCUACCACAACCUCUCCGGCAUCGCCGACGCUGGUGGCCGUGUUGGCAAUCACCCAUGGCGCAUCCAGGCCGAAAGUAUGACGCUGGACGGGUACGUGCCGUACGCGGUCUCUCCGUUCGAAGCAGCCAGCAACGCCACUGGCAUCGUGACGAGCUCAAACUCCACCACCGGCACCGCCUCGACGACUUUGAAUUUCCCCAACGGCACAUACGACCUGGCCGUCAACUACUUUGACAUGAUGGGAGGGAAUUCAUCGUGGACCGUGUCCAUCAACAAUCACACCGUUGGAAGCUGGCUGGGCGACAACGUGGACUCCGGUAGGCUCGGUCACGCUGCUUCUGUGUACUUGGAUGCGCAUUCGGCGACCAGAAUCACGUUCAGGAACGUCACUAUCGCAAAGGGGGAUGUCCUCAUAAUUGUCGGUACUCCUGAUGGAAUUGAGCCGGCACCGCUGGAUUAUAUAGCUAUAUUGCCCAAGGGAGUCGUCGAUUAG